AUGCAGGGCAUUCGAUCUGCCUGUCGGCGAGCGAGUAGUGUAGCACAAUUAGUACUUGGUAAACAACAUAAUACAUUAAUUAAACCAAGAUGGACAAGAUAUGCAUAUCAACCAGCUGCAAAUUUUCAUAUUGUUGGUAAACGUAAUGCUGCAGCUCAACCCAAACAAACUCAACAAGCAAUAAAAGGUGCUAAAGGUCGUGUUGUAUCUGUUAUUGGUGCUGUUGUUGAUGUACAAUUUGAUGAACAAUUACCACCUAUUCUCAAUGCACUUCAAGUUGAUGGUCGUCAACCAAAAUUAAUUCUUGAAGUUGCACAACAUUUAGGUGAUAAUACUGUUCGAACAAUAGCUAUGGAUGGUACAGAAGGUCUUGUACGUGGUCAACUAGUUACAGAUAUUGGUACACCAAUUAAAAUUCCAGUUGGUUCAGCAACAUUAGGUCGUAUUAUAAAUGUUAUUGGUGAUCCAAUCGAUGAACGUGGUCCAGUUAAUGCUGAAGAUUUUGCACCAAUACAUGCUGAUGCUCCACCAUUUACAGAUAUGAAUGUUGAACAACAAAUUCUUGAAACAGGUAUUAAAGUUGUUGAUUUAUUAGCACCAUAUGCUAAAGGUGGUAAAAUUGGUUUAUUUGGUGGUGCUUGUGUUGGUAAAACUGUAUUAGUUAUGGAAUUAAUUUAUAAUGUUGCA